UGAGUUAUCUCGUCGUUGUAGUUAUCGAUUCAAUUCGUAUUUCGUACCUACGGCAUAUAACUGUAGAAUUCGUAAUAUUUAACGAUUAAAUUCCACUCAGCUUUUAAACGUUCUGAUAACAAUUAUCCAAUAGCUCGUGGACAUUGCGUCAUGCACUCAUCGAUGUUCGAUACACGCGAAGACUUCACAGAUUGUUCAAAAUACAUACAUCCAUCAUAAUAUAAUCGUUCUCGUUACAGGCAAACCGGUGUGAGUACUACAUCGCCAGUGCCCAUUCGUCGUCGGUCGCGAACGUAGUGAAUAGCCAGCUGUUUUCAGUAUACUCAAUACAAAAAUGUAUCUCUUGGAUGGAAGUUUUGUCAGUGGAAUUUUGCCGUAUGUGGAGUACGACACGGUCAUGAAACAUCCACUUUGGGGUUCAAAUUUGCUUUUUAACAACGAAGAAGCUGUUGUUAAAGGCCACAGAGAUUAUAUCAGAGCCGGAGCGGAAUUUCUGACCACAAACACAUAUCAGGCGAGUAUCGAAGGCUUUCAAAAACACUUGGACUUAAACUAUGAACAGAGCUUCCAAUUGAUUAAAAAAUCUGUCACGAUUUGUCGGCGAGCAAUAAUGGAAGAAAGUUCUGGGCGAACAGUUCGAAUAAUGGGAUCUGUUGGUCCUUACGGCGCUUCACUGUGUGAUGGUUCCGAGUACAACGGUAAUUAUAUUGGCAAGAUUGAUUCAAAAGAUCUGUACGAUUGGCAUAAGCCUCGGAUCCAAGCACUGGUGGAGGCUGAUGUCGAUGUAUUACUUUUUGAAACGAUUCCUUCGAUCGAAGAGGCUGACAUUUUGCUAAACAUACUGGCUGAGUACCCAAAUCAAAAAGCAUGCUUGUCGUUCUCGUGUAAGGACAGCAAACACAUAAGUCACGGGGAGACAUUUGCAAGCGCAGUUGAAAAGUUCUGGUCUAAUGAUUUCCGAAAACAAUUGAUCGCCAUCGGCAUGAACUGCCUGGACCCAAAACUCAUAACACCACUUUUGAUGUCCGUAAAAACUAAGAAUGUCGAUUUCAUUACUUAUCCAAAUGGAGGUGGAGUAUGGGAUGCUGUUAAAAAAAGCUGGGAUAAUACUCAAAUGUACCAAGUUUCCAUCGACGAUCUGAACUUGUGGAGUAAAAAAGGUUUGAAAAUAAUUGGAGGUUGUUGUAACACCGAUGUAACUGAGAUAUCACGUAUUAGAAAUUUAAUUGACAACUUAUCUUCUUAACAAACACCUACAUAUUUUGUGUUAUUAUUUAUUUUUGAAAUCAUAUUAAUUGUAAACUGUUCUAUUAAAUAUCAAAUAUAUUAUGCUACAAUA